CAUCACCUUAACCUUUUCUCAUCUUAUAUCCCAACUUAAUUUAAAAGAAGCUAAAAUUACAAACAUACACAAAAUGAAAUCAUCAUGUUCAGAAUCUUCUUCUUUUAAAUCAUCUUCUUCAGAAUCAUUUUGUUGGGAAGAAUUUAACCUACCAAACAUUCUUCCUUUCAAUGAGUUUGAUUCACAAGAUAUGUUCAUGCUAGACAUGUUAUCUAGCAUUAACGAGACUACCACCACGACCAUGACCACAACCACGACUACUGCUACAACACAUCCUACUUCUUCAUCCUCCUCUCGUGUUCGAGUGAAGGACGAAGAAGUAACAUCAACAAUAAAUGAAGAGAAUUUAAAUAUUCCAGAGAAAUCAUAUAGAGGUGUAAGAAAACGUCCAUGGGGAAAAUAUGCAGCAGAAAUAAGAGAUUCAACAAGAAAUGGCGUUAGGGUUUGGUUAGGAACUUUUGAUACACCAGAAGCAGCUGCUUUAGCUUAUGAUCAGGCAGCGUUUUCGACUCGUGGGUCGAUGGCUGUGCUUAAUUUUCCGGUGGAUGUAGUGAAAGAAUCACUAAAGGAGAUGAAUUAUGAGUUUGGCAAUGGAUGUUCUCCUGUUUUAGUUAUGAAAGAUAGACUUUCUUUAAGGAAGUCUAAAGGUAUUUUUAAGAAAAACAGAUCAAAAAUCAGAGGAUCUUCUAUUCAAAAUACAAGUUGCAAUAAUAAUAAUAAUAAUAAUAAUAAUAAUAAUGUGUUUGUUUUUGAAGAUUUGGGUUCUGAUUAUUUGGAGCAAUUAUUAAUGGCAAGUGAAACUAUUCAUUUUUAGAUUAUUUCUAAUUAAAAUGUAGAAAUAAAACUUUUUGUAAAACAAAAAUUUUUGGCUCUGUGGAAUUUUUUAACAAAUUGUAUUAUUAUUAUUAUUAUUAUAUUCAGUGUAUUUCGCUCACAGAGAACUAUGAGUAGGGUCAAAGGAGGAAGAAAAUGCGGCAACUCAUACUUGUAAAGGAGAGCACGGUCAAAUAGUCUCUCAACUCGAGAAAAGAUUAUAAGUACUUUUUUUAAGGAAAUUUUUAUUUAAUUUUGGGAUGGGAGUAGAAGUCAAAGUAAUCAUUUUAUGGCCAAUUAAUUGGUCUUUGUGAUUAAUAGCCCUUUAGAAGUUUUUAUUUUUCUUUUUGUAUAUUUAAGGAUGAAGUGCUAAAUUUUGCGUUGUGAUGAGAAUGUGUUUAUAGAACUUUACUGUAAAAUCAGGGUAAUUGUAAAAAGAAAUAAAUAUAUUAGUGUAGUUCACUUUUUUUAUCUUUGUAGCCGUAGGGACUAGGGAACUUUUAACUUCCUGAAUUGUAGGACCUCCUAGCAUAUUUUGUGAAAAUUUGAAUUCGUUAAGUCAAAAAAAAAACUAAUACAAUAAAUUAAGUUUCAACAAAUUUCAAAA